UCCUUCACUCUCACUCAUUCAAUCUCUCAUAGUGUAGUUCUUCCUAUCUAUCUAUCGCCUGUAACAACUACCAAUACUAUCUCACAAGCAGGCUUUUUUGGCUCUCAUUUCAAUCUGUCUCUGUAGUUUCCCUCCUAUAUAUAUAUAUAUAUAUAUAUCGCCUGCAACUACCACUACUACCUGGCGAUUAGCGACUACUAGUUACCCUCUUCUCAGUCCUCUCAAACUGAUAGGGAGUAGUUAGGAUACUACCGAAGGGAUCGAAAAUAUGGAACUCCCAGAGACCCAGGGAAGCACCCUGUCAGAUGCCUGGGACUACAAGGGCCGCCUCGCUGGGAGAUCCAAAACAGGCGGCUGGACCAGUGCAGCCAUGAUCCUAGGUGUGGAGAUGUGCGAGAGGCUAACGACGCUAGGCAUAGGCGUGAAUUUAGUCACUUACUUGACGGACACCAUGCAUUUGGGCAACGCCACCGCUGCCAACACCGUUACCAACUUCUUGGGCACCUCCUUCCUGCUUUGCCUCUUUGGCGGCUUCAUCGCCGAUACCUUUCUCGGCAGGUACCUCACCAUAGCCAUCUUCGCCGCAGUACAAGCCACAGGUGUAACGAUAUUGACGAUAUCCACCGUGAUCCCAACCUUGCGACCACCGAGCUGCGCCGGCGCCGCCGCCGGGGGUUCCUGCCUCCAGGCAAGCGGAUUACAACUGUCGGUGCUAUACAUCGCGCUGUAUCUCACAGCCCUCGGUACCGGCGGUGUGAAAGCAAGUGUAUCUGGAUUCGGGUCAGACCAGUUCGAUGAAUCAGACCCGAAAGAGAAAACCCAGAUGUUGAGGUUCUUCAACUGGUUCUUCUUCUUCAUAAGCAUCGGAUCUCUGGCAGCAGUGACCAUCUUGGUUUACAUUCAAGACGACCUGGGUAGGUACUGGGGUUACGGUACCUGUGCCACGGCGAUCCUUCUCGGACUCCUGAUUUUUCUAUCGGGCACGAGACGGUACCGAUUCAAGAACCUGGUUGGGAGCCCACUCACUCAUAUCGCUACCGUGUUCGUGGCUGCUUGGAGGAAGAGAAAGAUGGAGUUACCGUCCGAUCCAUCAUUACUGUACGACGCUCACGAGAGUGAGAACAAUGAGGAGAUGAAGAAGAGGAAGAAGCAGAGGCUUCCUCACAGUAAACAGUUCCGUUUUCUAGAGAAGGCAGCGAUCAAGGAGGCCGACGCGGACCAAGGUUGGGGUGUAGUAAAUAAAUGGCGAUUACAGACACUAACAGAUGUGGAAGAAGUGAAGAUGGUGAUAAGAAUGGUACCCAUAUGGGCCACCACCAUAAUGUUCUGGACGGUGUACGCCCAGAUGUCGACGUUCUCUGUAUCUCAGGCGACCACCAUGGACCGCCACAUCGGCAGUUCCUUCCAAAUCCCACCAGCCUCCCUUACCGUCUUCUUCGUGGGCAGUAUCCUCCUUACCGUCCCCAUCUACGACCGACUCAUCGUACCCCUUGCCCGUCACUUCUCCCACAACCCACAAGGCCUCACCCCCUUGCAACGUAUCGCCGUUGGCCUAGUGUUUUCCAUCCUCGCUAUGGUGGCGGCGGCGCUCACAGAGCUGAAGAGACUGAAGGCGGCGAGAUCACAUGGCUUGACGGAUGAUCCGAAGGCCAUGAUCCCUUUAAGUGUGUUUUGGCUGGUCCCACAGUUCUUUUUUGUGGGGGCAGGGGAGGCUUUCACUUACAUUGGCCAGCUGGGUUUCUUUCUAAGGGAGUGUCCCAAAGGGAUGAAGACUAUGAGCACGGGCAUGUUCUUGACCACGCUCUCGCUUGGGUUCUUCUUGAGUUCAUUGCUGGUCUCUAUAGUGCACAAGGUGACCGGGAACGGGAAUCCAUGGUUGCCUAAUAACUUGAACCAAGGGAGGCUCUACAAUUUUUACUGGCUGUUGGCGGUUCUGAGUGGGGUGAAUCUGGGUUUGUAUCUGGUAGCUAGUAGAGGGUACGUGUACAAGGAGCGUAGGUUGGCGGAGGAGGGGAUUGUAUUGGACGAAACUGAGGCCACUUGUCAUGCUUAAGUUAGCUCAAAGAAGAAAUUUUAGGGUUUUCUUGCUUGUUGUCUGGCUAGUGGUUCGUCGCAUCAGCCAUGAGCAUUCAGACAUGUUCACAUGCCAAUGCUUUGCGUAGCUUGUGCCAGACGGAUAUUUGUGAGUGGAGAGUGGAGCGGAUCCUAAUCCCUGCUCCUUAUCUGCUUCCCUUUGGGAAUUGUUACGGGUGUCAGGGUAUGGCCUCUUGGGCCACAAAAUCUGCGGAUGAUCUGGGCGCAUACCAGCCAUAUAUUCUGAUGCAUGUUUUCAGUAGGACUCACCGCUACAUGGGGCUCUAGCUCUGGCAAAUAUCUGCAAAUUGGGUAAAAGAGAUUUUAGUCAUUCGGGGUUAAAUAUAGUAUGUACAUUAAGAAAAAGUUACAUAAAAAAUUGUUGCAAAA